AUGUACAUCAUGAAAGGAGGCCAAGCAACCGUUGGCGGCGUCCUUGCCGCGCUCGCUGGUCUUGCCCAAGCCAACUCAGACAUCGUCAGUCUCUACACCAGUGGCAGCGCCUAUAUCCAGGAAGCCAGCGCGACCCUCGUGCUCCCUAAAGUCCCGAGCUCUGUGUCUGGAGAUGUUGCCAUCUGGAGUGCAAUCAUGAUGGAGAAUCAGGCGUCAUUCCUCCAGGGAGUCACCUCGAAUUCCCCGUCAGGAUCUUAUUGCAACGACCAGGGCAAGAACUGGUGCAACUUUGCAUACACUUUGGUCGUUAAGACGACCUAUAAGCUUAACUCAUCGACCCAACUCUGGGACCAAAACGUCUACAUCGAUGGCAAACUCCUCUCCACCGUCUCAACCAGCAAGGGCCAACAUGGAGACAUUUUCUACAUUUCAAUCGAGUGCGCCUCCGGCUCAUGCGCCGAGCACCCAGCCCACAGCUGGCAGGACGUCUCUGUCGUGCUCAGCGAGGCUGACCAGAGCUUCAAGCACACCGGAAGUUGGGCGCAUGGUGCUACUGGUGGAGCCAUGUCGUCCCCUGAUGGCGGCAAGACCUGGAACUUUACUGCCAUCAGCAUCCCGGCCCAGAAGGCUCAGUGA